AUGCAGCUCUCUCUAGCCCUGUGUCUCCUCUGCGUGCUGGUGCACGCAGCCUUCCGCGUGGUGGAGGGGCAAGGCUGGCAGCCCUUCAAGAACGAUGCCACCGAAGUCAUCCCCGAGCUGGGGGGGCACCCCGAGCCCCCGCCGGAGCUGGAGCACAACAAGACCAUGAACCGGGCGGAGAACGGAGGGAGGCCUCCCCACCACCCCUUUGAGGCCAAAGACGUGUCGGAGUACAGCUGCCGGGAGCUGCACGUCACCCGCUACGUGACCGACGGGCCGUGCCGCAGCGCCAAGCCGGUGACCGAGCUGGUGUGCUCCGGCCAGUGCGGCCCGGCGCGCCUGCUGCCCAACCCUCAGCUCUGGAGGCACCUGUGA